AUGCCCCCCAAAGGCAAAUACAGUAACCCCAAACUCCGCGAUGAAAUCAAAAAGGAAGUCCACGACAGCGACAAGGGCGGGAAACCUGGUCAAUGGUCUGCACGAAAGGUACCCAGCACCAUCGCUCUUAUUUCAAUCCCUUGGUAUCAUCUAUUGUGGAUUCUGAUACUUGUGCAGGCUCAAAUGAUGGCAUCCGAAUACAAAAGGCGCGGCGGUGGCUACAACACCACAAAGGAAGAAGGCCAGACGGAAUCUCAGAAACACCUCGAUACCUGGACAAACGAGGAAUGGCAAACGAAGGAGGGAUCUGGCACGGCGCGACAGGAUGAUGACUCGCGUAAGCGGUACCUGCCCAAGAAAGCGUGGGAGAAGUUGAACGAAGAGGAAAAGGAGCAGACGGAGGAGAAUAAAAUUGAUGAGUCGCGGGGUGGGAAGCAGUUUGUUAGCAAUACCACAGAGGCGAAGGAAGCUAGGCGGUGGGCUAGUUCUGAUAAUGGGGAUGAAGGUCAGAAGGUUGAGGGAGAUUCAGGGAAAAUUCAAUGGAAUAAGGAGGCUGGUAAACAACGGACGAAGAAGAAUGAAGAGGAGAAAACGGACGACAAGCAGAAUGACGACAAGCAGAAUGACGACAAGCAGAAUGACGACAAGCAGAAUGACGACAAGCAGAAUGACGACAAGCAGAAUGACGACAAGCAGAAUGACGACAAGCAGAAUGACGACAAGCAGAAUGACGACAAGCAGAAUGACGACAAGCAGAAUGACGACAAGCAGAAUGACGACAAGCAGAAUGACGACAAGCAGAAUGACGACAAGCAGAAUGACGACAAGCAGAAUGACGACAAGCAGAAUGACGACAAGCAGAAUGACGACAAGCAGAAUGACGACAAGCAGAAUGACGACAAGCAGAAUGACGACAAGCAGAAUGACGACAAGCAGAAUGACGACAAGCAGAAUGACGACAAGCAGAAUGACGACAAGCAGAAUGACGACAAGCAGAAUGACGACAAGCAGAAUGACGACAAGCAGAAUGACGACAAGCAAAAUGACGACAAGCAAAAUGACGACAAGCAAAAUGACGACAAGCAAGACGAUGACAACAAAGGAGGUGCAGGAACGAAACGCAGUGCAAAGCAGGAUGAAGGACCAAAAAAGAAACAGAAGGACAGCGCGAGGAUGUCAAGUCUGCGGCAGAGAAAGUGA